UGUAUAAGAACACCUUCCAUCCCCAACGGCUCCGCAAGCAACCAGCAAGCAGGAACUUCGAUCAUGGAGGUCCUUCGAUGGCUUCUUCUUCACUAAAGAUCUAGAGCAAUGCCUGCAGAGAUGAAGCCAUUGGAUCUCUUACCUGACUCUGACGGUGAGAUCGGCUCGGAGGCGUUGAACUCAAGCCACAGCUCAACAAGCAGCGGCAGCUUCUCCCCUCUCUCCCUCCACGCCGUCGCUGCAGCCGCCGCCGCGGCGGUGUGCAUCGCGCACAAGCCUCACCGCUCUUCGGAUCCAGCAUGGGAGGCGAUCCGCGCCCACUCCUCUCGUCUCGGACCCCGCGACUUCAAACUCCUCCGCCGCAUCGGCAGCGGCGACAUCGGCACGGUCUAUCUCUGCCGCCUUCGCGGUGACCACCGUAACGCCUCCUCCUAUUAUGCGAUGAAGGUCGUUGAUAAGAAAGCGCUGGAGAAGAAGAAGAAGCUCGGGAGGGCGGAGACUGAGCGGCGGAUCUUGAAAACCCUAGAUCAUCCCUUCCUUCCAACGCUCUACGCCGACUUCGAUGCAGCCCCUCAUUACUCUUGUGUCGUCAUGGAGUACUGCUCCGGCGGCGAUCUCCAUUCUCUCCGCCAUCGCCAGCCUUCUCACCGCUUCCCCUUCUCUGCCGCAAGGUUCUACGCGGCGGAGGUGUUGCUAGCGUUGGAGUACCUUCACAUGCUGGGGAUCGUUUAUCGUGAUCUGAAACCGGAGAACGUCUUGAUCCGAUCGGACGGUCACAUCAUGCUCUCGGACUUCGAUCUCUCCCUAGAAUCCACCACGUGUCCGGUUCUAGAACACGUCGCCGCUGCCGACCCGUCUUGUCUCCCCGACCGGUUAUUCCGGUUCAGAAAACCGGUGCCGGCCCGGUUCGUCGCCGAACCGGUAGGUGCCCGCUCCUGCUCCUUCGUCGGGACCCACGAGUACGUGGCACCCGAGGUCGCCUCCGGCGGGGCCCACGGCUGCCAGGUAGACUGGUGGGCCUACGGAGUCUUCCUCUACGAGCUCCUCUACGGUCGCACUCCCUUCGCGGGGCCCACCAACGAGUCAACGCUAAGGAACAUCAUCAAGCAAACGUUGACGUUUCCAACCGAACCCUCACCGUUGGAUUCAACAUACCAUCGUGAUCUAAUCUCGAGGCUGCUCGUCAAAGACCCAUCCCAACGGCUCGGCUCGAGACGCGGUGCAGCUGACGUCAAAGCCCACCCGUUUUUCAAGGGUUUGAACUUGGCGCUUCUCCGCUCGUACAAACCACCGGUUAUUCCCGGUUUAACUCGCUCCAAAUCCUGCAAAACCCCCUCCCGGUUCGACUUCUUUUAAUUUAAUUUCCCACCCUUUUUUUUUUUUCUUGUAUAUAUAUUAAAAGA